AUGGAGUUAUCGGAUGUAAAGGUAAACGUGCCGAUACACGAAUACACCUUCAGCGUUAUCGUCUACGACAGCGAUGAGAUGCCCAUGAGUGGUGUAAUGCUCUCAUGGCAAUUGAUAUAUGAAUCCACGUGCACUAACAACACCGGGACGUACUAUUGCAGGCUUAUUACAAGUACAACUAACUUGGUCUGA